AUGUACGAGCGGAUCCGGUGCCCGUCGCUCAUCUGGGAGGGCGAGGGUGCGGGCGAGAGCCCAGGCCACCCUAACACUGCCUCUCCAACCGACGUCACCGACUCAGCUCCGAGCUUACCAGGACAACAGCAGACAGGAAGCCCUCACGAUCAGUGCGACGAUUUACUAGACGAGCCAGACUACGACUGCCUAAGCGACCUUGAAGAGCUCAAACAGUGUCGCCUGGUACUCACCCGCCAUCCAAACGCACCCCGCAGACGCGCAAUGGGGGGCGACUUCAGCGAAGGCCGCCUAGAGACGUUUGUCGGCAGCCCACAGAAAGAGUUGGCAGGCACGCAGAACCAAUAUGUCUCCUACCUGGUGACCACAAAGUCCGACUUCCAGUCCUUUCAGAAGCCCGAAUUCUCCGUGCGCCGCCGCUUCACAGACUUUGUCUUCCUCUGGAAACAGCUCUCCAAAGAGUAUCCACAAUGCGCCGUCCCUCCGCUGCCCGACAAGCACAAAAUGGAGUAUGUGCGUGGAGACCGCUUCGGUCCGGACUUUACACAGAGAAGAGCCCACUCCCUGCACCGCUUCCUGAAGCGGAUAGCACUACAUCCUGUACUGCGAAGAGCCGUGCUUGUCAUCAACUUCCUCGAGAGCCCGGAUUGGAAUCAGCAUAUGAAGGGAAGACCAUCGAGGGCAGCAAGCGGGUCUGACCAAGGCAGCGGCGGCUUCGUCGAUGCCAUAGCAGACACAUUCGUCAACACCUUCACCAAGAUACACAAGCCGGACCAGCGCUUCAUUGAAGUCAGCGAACGAGCCAAUAAGCUCAGCGAAGACUUGAACAAUGUCGAAAAGGUUACGGUCAAGGUUGCCCGGCGGCAAGGAGACUUGGAGACCGACUACGCCGACCUAGCGACGCAGUGCCAGAAGCUGACUACCAUGGAGCCCGCAGUCGAGGGCAACCUGACCUCGUUCGCCGCUUCCGUCAACACCACCUCACAGGGCUUCAAGUCCAUUCGCGAUCACACAGACCAGAAUUACUUGACUAGUUUGCGAGACAUGGAUGCGUAUAUCCAGGCCGUCAAGACGCUUCUUCGAACGAGGGAAGGUAAGCAGCUUGACUUUGAGCAGUUGAGCGAAUAUCUGGCCAAGUCUGCUGCGGACCGCGAUUCGCUGGCUAGCGCAACUGGAGCGGGCAUGGGUGCAUCUGGCUUCUUGCGAUCCAAGGUUGAGGAUUUCCGAGGCAUCGACCACGACCAAGCACGUCGGCAACGGGUCCGCAAACUCGAGGUCGAAAUUGAGCGUCUGACGGGCGAAGUGGAGCUCUCAAAGAAGGCCAGCGAGGCAUUCGAUGAGCAUACUGUCAAGGAAGUGGCUGAUUUUGAACGCAUCAAAGCCAUCGAGUUCAAGGACACGCUCGGUGAUCUAGCAGACGCGCACGUGGAUUUCUUCCAGGGAACGAUCGAAACAUGGGAGAAGUUUUUGGAGGACAUGCGGAAAGAGGAGGACCAAAGGAAGGCGGCCGUAGCAUCGUAA